AUGCUUUUCCCGAAAUUCCUUGCGAUGGCAAUGCUUGCCACAGCGUCUGCCAACAACGAACCCGCGCCCUACCAGAUAUCUGUCGAUCCAAAGCUCAUCAAAGAGGCUGCUAUCAAAGCCCGGCUCUAUAGGCCCUCUUUGCCCUUGGAGGAUGGUACAAGUGAGACAUGGAGAGAAGGUCCGCCGACCGAGAACAUGACGGCUCUCGCUAGCUAUUGGGCAAACGAUUACGACUGGCUUGAGCGGUCCGAGAGGCCCGACGCCAUCCCGCUCUUGCUGCUACACGGCUGGCCAUCUACGUAUACCGAGUGGAACGACAUCUUGAAGCCGCUCACUGCACCGCAGGAUGAGAAUGCGCCGGCCUUUCACGUAGUCGCGCCCGACAGCCCUGGCUUCGGUUUCAGCCCUGCGCCUACUCAUACAGGAUUUGGACCCCGUCAAGCCGGUGCUGCUUGGGCCAACUUGAUGAGCACGCUGGGCUACGACAAGUACGGGAUCGUCUCGACAGACUUUGGGUGGUGGGUCGCCUUGUUCAUGGUCGACGAUGACAAGGACCACAUAGUCGGCCACUUUACCGACUUUCACUUUGCCCAGCCGACGCCGGCCGACAUAGAGCGCUACAACAACAACCAGACGGAUCAGCUCGAGACAGAAUACAUUGCCAGUGUUCUGGCAUUCCAGGGGGGAUUCAACGCGUACAUGGUGAUCCAGGGCCAAGGUCCUCUGAAGCUCGGCCAAGCUCUCAACGACAGCCCCGUCGGCUACGCAGGAUGGAUCUGGCAUCUCUGUCACUUCGGGAGUGACGGCUAUCCUUAUACCCUCAAGCAAGUCGUAACGAGGACCCUGCUGCUGUGGAUUCCCGGUGCAUAUGGAAAUCUGAGGGCCUACUUGGAGUGGCUCAGGCCCGAGAGCAGCCAGUUUCCGAAAUCAGACGUGCCCACCGGCGUUUCCCAAUGGGGCGGCAUAAACGGCCCGUUCGAGGAGCUGGUGAACUUCCCACUGGCGCCUCCCAGGUGGAUCGAGAGAACGAGCAACUUGACUUUCCUCGUUCGCCGCGACUUUGGUGGUCACUUCCCCGCUGAGCAGUACCCGGAUCUCUAUGUCAAGGACGUGCAGGACUUCUUUGGGCAGCUUGAUGCAUAG